AUGACCACGCUGAACAUACCAACAACCACACAUGACAUGGACGAAGCAGAUCGCCAGCGUUAUGAGACGCAGUCUAAAGAAUUGCGCGUCAAGCUGAAGGACUGGGAGCUGGAAUUCGCAAAAUCCCACGGCGGCGCGAAGCCCACCCGCGACGACAUCAAGGCCAACCCCAAGAUCGCCUCCUUCAGCAAGCGAUACCACCGCCUCCGUGACGUUCUCUCCGGCAAGAUCCCGCAUACGCAAGCGGACGACGACAAACAGGACCGAAAGCGAAAGCCACAAACCAUACCAUCCCACACGCCCUCCACCAAACGCUUCAGGCCCGCAGGGACACCGUCCGCGAGGCAGAACACGCAUGCCGGCGUGGCCACUCCCCAUGGUGGCCCCGCCGCCCCCGCCACAGCAGCAGUCACCCCGUCCCUGAGCCGCAAGUUAUUCAGUCCCGCCGUACCCACCUCUAUAGGGCCUACACCGCAGCGCGAUGGCCGUGUUCUGGGACUGUUCGAUUUGCUGCCGUUUAAGGAUGCUGAGAUCGAUUCGCCCUCCAGGCCGAAACGCACAGCAAAGGCUCCUCAUGCUGCCGGUGCUGUUCAAGAGACACCACGCCGAGGCAGGACUAUCGACACGGGCGUUGGACUCCCGAUUGAUUUAGACAGAACACCGUCUUCAACGAGGCCCCAGCAGCAACAACAGAAACCGCAGCAAACACAACAAACCCCGAGGAAGAGCGUUCUCUCCACGCCGCUCAAGGACACUAGCAACAGGGUCGCAAAGACACCCAGCAGCUCGCGAUCGGUCUCCAAGCUCCAGUUCCAGACCCCGGCCUUCCUCCGGCGGAUCCCUAUGGCUAAGAUCAACGAGAACAACGAGUUCCCCUCGCCCGAACCGAUCCGCCUCCCGCGGAAGCCUCUCGUCCGCGGCCUGAGCAGCAUCGUGGCGGACCUCCGCAAGACGCAGGAGGAGCAACUGGACGACGAGUUGGAUGCGCUGCGGGAGAUGGAGAACGAAGGGGCCCCCUCCGUGACAGCCAAGAAGCCCGGUGCGGCCCUGCCCAGUGAGGAUCAACCACCAACGGCGCCUUCGAGGCCCGCAGCGGGUGACGACAGCCACACGGAGACCAUCCUGGCGGAGGACAGCCAGAAGCAGAACCUAGGCCUGCUAGGCGGCUUCGAUGACGAGGGCAUGUACGACAGCGAGGACGGCGAGCAAGAGGGCCUAGACCGCGACGGAAAGCCGCUCAGGGUGUUCAAGAAGAAGGGACAGAAGAGGACCACCAGGAAGGCCAACAUGCGGCCAGUCAUGACAAGGAGGCCCCCUUCCGCGGUCACACCCCGUGAGCCCGACCAAGAAGAGGACGGCGAAACCAUCCCAGAGACACAACUUGGCACGUCGGCACCGGCACGAACAGGUGCAGACGACUACGCGGACCUCCUGUCUGGCUCUGAGUUCGCCGGCUCGGACUACGAUGACGACGAGGACGAGCUGGCGCGCGACGAGCUGCGGGGGACAAAGAAGGCCUCGACCAGCAGCAGCAGCAGCAAGAAGAAAGCAGCCCCUGCUGCGAAGCAGAAGUCUGGAGGUGGUGACGGCGACAAGCCCAAGGGCAAGGUCAAAAAGACGGCGCGCAAGGUCAACGAGCUCGCCCACGCCAACUUCAAGCGCCUCAAGCUGCGGAACUCGGGGGCCAAGGGCGGGCAAGGGUUCAACAGCCGCUUCAGGAGGCGGCGGUGA